AAUCUGCCACCAUAUACUGCUCUGUUAAGUGUGAUUCGUUAUCUAAAAAUUUAUCAAGGUAAAGAAGAAGUCCUAAAAAGUUUAAUUAAUUUAUAUGAUAAUGUAUUUGCAAGUAGUACUUCACGUCUUCAAUUAGAAAAAAUUUUAUCCAUUUGCUUUGUUAAUCAAUAA